AUGGUAUUGUUGCUUAAGGGAAUUAUUUUAAUGAUAUCAGAUGCAGGUUUGUGUAAAACAGUUUUUAAAACCUCUUCAACGGCUGGCAAAAUUAACUUCUCUCCGAUAGUAUGCGGUUUUCCAGAUUUUGCUAUAAGUAAAGAGAUAUUGUAAACGCCCGCAAACCAUCAUCAUUUCUUUGUGACGUCGAAGCGAACAUUCUGUCCAGUGUAG